GCUGAGGCUUUCUCAGGUGCAGUGAUGAUGGUACUGCGUCAUGGCUUGUACUAUUGAAAUGGUUAUACGAGGUGGCGUUCAUUCCCUUGUGGUACUGUAAUCACGGUCCAAUGUAGCGGGUGAAUGAACAGAUCCGUCUUAUGCUAGACUGAUUCGAAUUGAUUAAGCUUAUUUAGAAAAUUAUAACUGCCGCCUUCCCCGCAAGUAUAUUGAUUGAGCAUCAAUUUCGCUCCUUCUCAUCACUUCACCAUGUUGUUCCAGCAUAUCCUCAUCGCCGCUUCCAUCGGCCUCGCUGCCGCCUCUCAAUUCUCCAGCCAAGGAUGCGGUUACAAGAUUGCACCUUGUCCCGAAGGCACUACCUGCAAGCCAAUUCUAGACAACUGCAAAGACCUCAACAAAUGCUCAGGCAUGUGUUACUUCAAGAACGAAUAUCAAACCUGCGGAGGCUUUCGCGCCAAGCCUCCUCCGCCCUGCAAGAGGGGUACCUACUGUGUUGAUGACCCUCGAACUCCUGAAGACUGCGGCAUGGCUUGCGAUAAGCCUGGCAUCUGUGCGCCCAGGAAUCCGCACACAUGCGGAGGGUUCACAGGAAAGAUGUGUCCUAAGGGCCUGUACUGCUAUGAUAAUCCUUCGGAUAAGUGCGAUCCCAAGAAAGGAGGCAGGGAUUGCUCUGGAAUUUGCCUGUAGGGAACAGCUUUGAGUUUCACGUGAAUGAGCUGGUUUACGGGAUUUGUCUUUGUCUGUGGCGGGAGAUUAUCUGAUGAAUAUAACGAACUAUCGAAAGGAUGAGCAUCAGUGACAACUUUAUGCAUGACUUGUCUGCCGGGUAAAAUCUUGACUGACUCAACAGCCAAUUAAGCAGAGAUUC